AAAGGAAGGCUGUGUGCUAAUGAGCAGAGCUGUAUACAUUACAGUGCAUGUGUGUAUGUAUAGGUACAUGAUGGCAGAUGAUACGUCCUGACAAAUACACCCCCCUAACCUGCAUUCAUUGCUAUUAAUCUAUUGAUACAUGUCUAGGAUGCACAUGGCUUUUAUGUGUGUAACAUUCAGAUCAUGACGUUUCCACUAUAUAAAGACGACAAGCUGCCCCAUCGGUUCCUACCCAGUCACCUCAACUGACCCCAUCACCCCCCUCGCAUACAUCCUACUUCCACCCACACCCAGCAUUUCUCCGUCGCCCACAGCACAUCUUUACCAGGGCCUGGAUAUCAUAAAUGCUCCAAAUUUCCAGCACACCUCCCCCUCCUGGCCACCACUAACCCUCAUUGCACAUCUCCACCCUGACAGAAGCCCCUCCACAUUCUGCUCUCCUCCUCCUUUCCAUCCUCCACCCCCUCCAGCCGUCUCAAACCUGCAUCUAUAAGCACUGAGAGGUAUAUUAAAUAGCCACAUGCACUGAGAUCGACACUGACACAGCAUUAGAGAUUGGACAUAACAGAGAGCUUCUACCUGGAUAUUGGACAAGACAGGUAUAGGGACGGGUAAUAAAAGAGAUCUAAAAGUACAACAACUUGUUUUUAUAGAAAUACCUUGCAAGAGAAAGAAAGGUAAAUCCCUGUAUAAAAGAAGUACAUUGACUUAACAUGGUAUAUACAUGAAGCCAGCUGUUUAUCUCCCAAGGUGUAAAUCCCAGUGGAUCCAGAGAAACUAUCUAUGCACGGACUGCGGAGCAGGUAAUUAAGCGUCAAACUGGGGGUCGGACGAGAUCGAUGUGAAACUGGCUCUUGCAUGUUCAGCGGGGGAACAUUUGGGUUUUCAGAUGGUGGAUGUUAUGUGGGAGACUGGCAUGAGGGUCGAGCACAUGGAUAUGGCAUAUGCAAAGGCCCUACAAGGCAGGGAGAAUACAGUGGCCUUUGGAGCAAUGGCUUUGAAUCUUUGGGGGUUUAUACAUGGCCCAGUGGGAACACCUAUCGUGGAUACUGGGACCAAGGCAAAAGAAAUGGGCUAGGCGAAGAGCACAAAGGACGAUGGCUGUAUCGAGGCGAGUGGACACAUGGACUAAAAGGAAGACUUGGCGUGAGAGAGAGCCUUUCUGGAGCAAGAUAUGAAGGUCUAUGGACAGAUGGACAGCAGGAUGGAUAUGGUGUUGAGACAUAUUCAGAUGGAGGUACAUAUCAAGGACAGUGGCAAGCUGGUAAACGUCAUGGAUAUGGGGUACGUCAGAGUGUCCCAUAUCACCAAGCUGCACUCCUACGUUCUCCUCGAACACCAACCCUCACUUCUUUGCCUCAAUCCCCCGGUCCCCAUUCUCAUGCCAAUCCAGGACUCCUGCCAGGAAGCCCAGCCUCUGGAUCACGUGGGGGGUUUGUUCUGAAAGUCCAAGGGGUUGGAUCAGAAGUCCCUGGAACUGGAGGGAAUGGUAAGCCCAAAAAAAGAGGAUUUUUCUUUACACGUUCACUCAUACUCAGUGGUUUCCGACUUCAUCGUGGAUCAGACACCAAAGCACCUUCAAGUGGUCGAGACAGCCAACGUAGUUCUUUAAGAAGUGAGACUCGGGGGGCUGGAGGAUCUUUGGGGUCAAGUGCCAGUCAGGAUGGGUCAAGUGCUAGUGUUGCAGAAACAGAGUCUGAGCUGCCAAUUGCUGCAUGGGAAACAGAGACUUAUGCUGGUGAAUGGAAGGGUGAUCGCCGCAGUGGAUAUGGUGUAAGCCGAAGGUCCAAUGGCCUUUGCUAUGAAGGAGAGUGGUUGCGGAAUCGACGGCAUGGCUACGGUAGAACCACCUACCCUGAUGGGUCACGUGAAGAGGGAAAGUACAAAAUGAAUAUGUUGGCCAGUGGAAAAGUCAAGAGCCUGUUUCCACUACGAAGAGGAAAAGGGAGGGAAAAGGUGGAAAGAGCUGUAGAGGCUGCAAGAAGAGCGGAGGUUACAGCAAGACAGAAGCAAGAGAUGGCAAUAGCCAGUUUUCAAGUUUUCCAGAUAAUGGCAGACAACAGACAUUCAAUAAACAUGAAGAAUGACAUGAAACACCUUCAAAGAAUCAAAAGAACAGAAUGUCUACAAAUAUAACUCCAGGCAAUCCAAACCCACAAGAGAAAUAAUGAGUUACUUGCCAAUGCGGUAGUCACCUGAGAUUUUGGUGUAAAAAGUGCCUCAAUUGAACAAACUUGAGAUAAAAAUAAAUAAAUAAAUAAACAAGAAAGGAAAAAGGGGAGAACGGACAAGACAUAUGGGGAAAGAGAAAGAAGGGGUAAGAUCAAAUGUAAACUGUGAACGUAGGGGUGUUAAUCGCCUCUCUGUGCCCAGUGCAAGUUCCAUAACCAAACUUCUAGAUGUACCCCAUACUACAGACAUCUUGCAUGCAAGAGAACAAAUUUGCAAAUGAAGAUGGGAAUUGCUGCUUCCAAAGUGUUGUAGUCUAGUACAAAGCAGGAGGAAGGAGAGCCAAAAACAGUUUCAGAGAUUUACAUUCCAACAGACUUUGGAGACAUAAAAAAAGAUAGAACACUGGAUCUAAGGGCAUGAAAUGCCUGUAAGACCUACAGGGACUGUACAAUGUUCCAAAAGGACAUUAUGGCUGGGCAAGAACAUAAGUGCCACACCUCCAGCACAUUUGAUAUAGCAGGGUUGAGAUCAUGGAGAAAGGUAGGAGUAUGGUCAGGGUUUUGUGUACACAGGCGAAGGUGCAUUUUGGUGCGCCAUACCUCCAGUUCACACCCUCCCCCAUGGCUUGAAACACCCGGGGCAAGGCAAAGUAUUGUGCCUCCCCCCAGCCUGCGAAUGUAUGAGAAUGGCGGUGUAUGCAUUGCCACUCACCAGGGAGCACGUUGUAUUUUAUCAUCGGAUGGAAAACCUCCACACCAGGACAACAUAUUACUACUGCAGUGACUAAUACCAUCGUAUUGGUAUUUAAUAAAACCAUUAUUCAGAGACCAAAGGACAAAUAAUUGCACCACACCAUGACCGCUACCACCACAUAGUGACUGGAUAAUACUACCAUACUGAUACUGAAUAAAAAUCACCAUACACAGACCAGCAUCACCAAUAACACCACUAUACAAGGGACAGUUAACAGUACCAAAAUUGGCGCUCAAAAGCCUGCUCCCACUUAUGCAUGUACAGGAAUCUUGUCCCCUGGCAGAAUCAGGGUAGAGCAAAAUCCCACAAAUGUCACAAUUAAGCGUGGAGCCCCUGAAACUACUACUUUAAAAUGCUGACGAAGCAGAGACUGAUGUGAAGCAAAAAAAGAGACUGCAAGAGGCAACAUAUAAAAUACAACAUUAUUGAUCCUGUAUGGUGAAUGGCCUAAAUAAUAAACAUAAAUAAAAAACACAAAUAACCACCUUAAAGGGGUACUCCAGGGAAGUAUACAUAUAAAAAAGCUCCAAAGUCACCAAACAACCUAGAUAUGUUCCUUGUAAAUGAUACUGCCUGAUAUGCAUGGCUCCUGUGGCCCCUGUGGUCUUCUCUGGCUGCUUGACAUUCUUUGCCAUCCUUGCCUCAUAGAUACUAGAUUUCCCAGAAAUAUUUGCAGCUCUUCUCUGCCAACCCAGCUCACUCUCUGAGAAAAGCCCCCACCCUCCUGCUCUGAGCAGCAGAGGGAAAUUCAGUGUGUGAUUGGAUAAGGUUGCACACACCUCCCAGCUCUCAGCACUAAAGCACAUGGCCUGUGUCUCUCAGGAAGGUGGGGGCUGUUUUCAGUGAGGGGUUUGGACAGAGACAGAGAGGAUGACAGUAUGACCCAUUUAGCUUACUCCCAGCAUGUAAGUGACAACUGAAAGAGGGGAAACUGCUCUAUAUAGCUAAUGAAUGAUAUUUAGACAAUUAAAUAGGUUGAUGAAAGGGAAAGGAUGGGCUAUGGUUUAGCUCCCUGGAGUACCACUUUAAGGACAUGCACCAUAAGUGUACAGUGCUGCAGUGUACAGUGCUGGCUACAUUGCAGGUGAGUUCUGGCUGCUAUCAGCAACCGGGUACUCACUGAUAAUGGCGGACAUUAGCGAUCAUGCUAAUGUCCACCACUAACCUUAUAGAUGUUGAGAUCAAUGCCGAUCACGGCAACUAUAUUAUCAGGGAAAAAAAUAAAAAAUAAAAAGUACACAUAAUUGGUAUCACUAAAUCUGUACUGACCUAAACUAUAAAAAAUGUAUUAUUUCAAAACAGGGAAUAAAAAUUGACUGACGUCUACUCUAGACUCACAUGUAAAAUGGUGCCAAUGAAAACUUAUCUCGCCUAAUACCGUAAUCUACUAUCUUACCUAUAUGUCCACAUGUAAAAUCCUAAUUGAUUCCACCACAUAUCUUAGCCUGAUGGUGAACUAAUGACAGGAACUAACAGGAUGAGUUCAGGUCUAUAAACUCGUGUCCAUAAUACAAAAGCGGAUGCGGAUACUUGGAUUGUUGUGAUGCGCUAUGUGCUAUUAUGUGGCCCUUUUGUACUUGAUUUGCUUCACACCGUAUUGUUGUAAUUGUUUAUUUUUUGAAAAACAUAAAUAAACAUAAAUAUACAGUUAAAAAUAAAUAAAUACAAAAGCGGAAAAUAUAUUCAUUUUUGUAGACAUGUACUAUUUAAUAUUCAUAUGCCACACUUAUAUUAAGCUCCACCUAUUUUUAGUUUGCUGGAUUUCUGCUUCUUAGUAAAUCCAAUGGAUCUGUGUCUGCCUGGUGUAGAAAUCUA